AAAAGAAUAUUCUCCAUCACCCACGCUAUUCUCUUCUCUUCUCUCUAUACGAAUGAAAAACUCAUUACCAGUUCUCUCUCAAAAAUGGCUUUCCCUCAGCGCCAGUUUCAACAACAGUACCAAGCACAACAACAAUCUAAAAAUUUCAGGAACUUAUACGCAAUCGACGGUCAGAUUUCGCCGCCACUUGGUUAUUACAAUACGCCUGAUUUACAAGAUUCGUCUCAGCAUCCUCCUUAUAUCCCUCCUUUUCAUGUUGAUGGGUUUGCACCCGGGUCUGCUCCGGUGACAGAUGGGAGUGAUGGAGGAGCUGACUUUCCAUGGAAUAAUGGGGUUGAGCCUAAAAGGAAGAAACUAAGGGAACAAGAUUUUUUGGAGAACAAUUCACAGAUAUCUUCUGUUGAUUUUUUUCAAGCACGGUCUGUCUCAACAGGUUUAGGUUUGUCACUAGAUAAUAAUAAUCGGAUGGCUUCUUCGGGUGAUUCGGCUUUGCUGUCACUCGUUGGCAAUGGCAUUGAUAAUGAGUUGCAGCGACAGGAUGCAGAGAUUGAUAGAUUCCUCAAAGUUGAGGGUGACCGAUUACAGCAAUCUGUGUUGGAGAAGGUUCAGGCUAACCAACUUCAGACAAUUUCAUUUGUGGAAGAUAAAGUUACGCAGAAACUUCGUGAGAAAGAAGCAGAAGUGGAAAAUAUUAACAAAAAGAAUAUGGAACUGGCAGAGCGGAUGGAGCAAUUGACCAUGGAAGCAGGUGCCUGGCAGCAGCGUGCCAGAUACAAUGAAAACAUGAUUACUGCCCUCAAGUUUAGUCUUCAGCAAGUUUACGCUCAAAGUAGAGAUAGUAAGGAAGGAUGUGGUGAUAGCGAGGUUGAUGAUACAGCUUCUUGCUGCAAUGGCCGGGUCAUUGAUUUCCAUUUGCUCUGCAAGGAGAACAGUGACAUGAAAGAGUUGAUGACUUGUAAAAUUUGCAGAGUGAAUGAAGCCUGCAUGCUUUUGUUACCUUGUAAGCAUCUCUGCCUCUGUAAAGCUUGUGAAAGUAAGCUUAGUUUUUGCCCACUGUGUCAGUCAUCUAAGAUUAUUGGCAUGGAGGUAUUUAUGUAAUGAUAUACAUAUGAAAGCUUUAAUAUUAUACUAAAGUUACAUCCAGAAUUCUUUUGAUAUUGAUGGUUGCCUCUUGUUUGUUGGUUUGUUGCUUUAAGGAUAGUUAGGCAAGGUUUCUCAUCGAAUAUUCCGAGUAUAUGGCUUGGUUAUAUAAAGUAUUUGAGAUAAACUGAUUACACUUGCUUUUAGUUGGAUGAAACUUUACAUAACUACAAAGAUUCUCACGUGGCUUAUGGGUUAUAAAUGAUGAAGAAAGACGGUGUCUUUUCCCUUUAUGACUAAUUUCAUUGCUGUAUUUGUUUGAUGCACCAUUGUUUUGUUAGUUCUUGAGGAAAUACCCAAUCCAAAAAAGAAGGCUGGCUUACUCGACUCUUAAAAGUUGCAUCUCUCGUGUCAUUUGGAAACGUGUCUUCUUGAAUUCAUCUCUCUAUCCUAUGCAUGCUACAUGAAGAAAGCUAUGAGCUGUAGUAACUAGGAAUAAUUUAAGUUGAAGACGUCAAACAUGCCAUCCUACAUCUCAAACUAAAAACCAUUCGCCAUGAAUGGCUCAAACAGAAAAAUGUUGGGUACCUUCAAAUUCGUAUCAGAGAUGCAAUAUAACCCUGAUUUUUUUAGCUUGCACAGUCGAGAUGUUGGGGUGUCUACGUUUCAACCGCGUACUUCUCUGCUUUACCCUGAUACUGUCAUGCAGUUCUUAGAGUGCUACAUAUGAAUACGUUGCCUUUUGAUUUUACAUCCGUCUGGCCCCUUGGGCUAACCCAUGGAAGAGCCCUUUCUCUAAGAAGUAGGCCAGCCGCAUUUCAAGGAGUUCGAAACCUUUAAGAAUGGAUAUCACAUCCUUCAUUGCCGAAUUUGCCACCAAUUCUACGCAUCUUUUCUCUUGUUUUUGUGUUCUCUCCCUGUUAAGUCAAACACA